AUGGCCCCCCCGAAACUCGCCCAGUACGCGGUUAUUUCUCGACAAUGGCAAGCAAUCGUGGAGCGAAUAAUUUGGCAACAAAUCUCUGUUGUCAAGCUAGGUUCGGUUGAAAAACUACAUCAGUUCACAUCUGGCGAUUCUUAUCGACGCGCAAGGGCCGGGUAUAUUCGACACAUUCUCUGGUGGCCGAAGAUCGAAUGGGGCGAUUUCAUAGCGAAGUUUCAGGGAAAUGAUGAGCUCUAUGCAGGGUAUUACCAGCAGUGUCUGAGCUCUAUACGCAAUAUUUUCCAGCUGCUCAGUUCAUGGGAGGGCCAACUGUCGGAUAUUUCACUGUCGUUCUGGUUGGGUGAUAAUGACUAUCUCAGUAUUACCGACGAGGAGAUAGAACAAGAGGUUAUGGAGUCUCUGACUCUUGACCAGCUGUGUAAAAUGAGCCGAAUACCUCAUUUAUUGCACCUCACUGCCAACGAUUUCCAGGACAUACCAACUUUGCCGUUUAUCAAAUCGUUCCGAUUACACGACUAUGAAGGAACAGUCGUUCGACCAUCGGUUUUCUUUCAUAUACUUAACUGUUUUCCACACGUCAAACAUGUCUCUUUCGGGGAGUAUGUUAUUUAUCAUCUCUCGCUGGUACCAGAUUCGGUAGAGACAUUCACAUAUUCGAUUGCACCUCAACGAGAGCUAGCCCUCAACCCUGCCCGUGAUGCAGCCAAAUACCUCCCAGCCAAUGGACUGGACGAAUUUUCUAGUACUUUUCGAUCAUUCAGCAUGCGACUUAAAGAGGUGCAUUUGGAGGAUUUCCGGAGGAGGGCAUCGACAAGACGACUUUUAUACUGGCCGAAUCUUGAAAUCCUUGAGAUCCUCGAGAUACCUCCCAAUUUACCUGAUGACUGGGAAGGGGAUAUCGAAGAAAACUUCACUGAACCAUGGGAAUACGAUAGCGAAUAUUAUGCUAAACGCGGACUCAUUAAGAGUUCUCAAGUCGACAAGCUGUAUAAGGCAAUGGGACACGCCGCGCAGAAAAUGCCACGCUUGCGUAGAUUGAAAUUCUCAUUUCGUGGUGAGAUUGGUGAAGCAGGGAGUAAUGAAUACUUGGAUUUCUCGAGGGAUUUGGCAACAGGACGAACCAGGUUGAACAUCAACACCGAGUGGCAGUAUACAAUAGGAGAAGGGUUGAUAUCUACCUAGGGAUUGAAGGGUGAAAAGGCGGAUGAAUUUCGGAAUACUUGGGUUGUCCAACUCGAUUGUCGGAAACCUUCAGGGACUUGAAAAUAUUAAGCGGCAUUUUUUUU